UAACCGCGCGGACAACAGACCACGCCGGCAACGUCGCUUGACGUUUCUCUCCGCCGCACAGCUGAUCCGAGACAAGCGGUGGAAAUGUUUACGUGUCGCCCGUCAGUUCGCUGACGGUUUUAAGUUUCCCGGAGAUAAACAACUCCAAAUUAUCAGUGGUUUACGCCAAAUUUGCCGGCCGAAAUGUUAUCACGCGUCGCGCAUCAUGCAACGGCCCGAUACGUUACGCCUCCUCGUGUAUCUCGCGAUACUUAACGUCGGUCUCGCGUUUUUCAACGUGCCUCAGAAAACCGACGAAUGUUUCUGCCAAUUGAAGGGAAAAAUCGACGAGUGCACCUGCACCGUCGACACCGUCGACCACUUCAACAACGUGAGGGUGUUCCCCCGGCUCAGGAGUCUGCUCGUCAAAGACUACUUUCGGUUUUACAGGGUGAACUUAAAGAGGGAAUGUCCGUUUUGGAGCGACGACAGCCGUUGCGCGAUGCGUUACUGCCACGUGGAACCGUGCGGCGAGGACGAGAUCCCCGCGGGCCUGAAGGGCGAACGCCGCCGCGUGAAACGCGACUUAUACGGCCCCGAAAAUGACAAAGAGUGCACAGUAAACGACUUGGAUUAUUUAAACAAGACGUUGAGCGAGAAAGCUAUCCACGAUAUGGAACUGUGGGCCGCGCACGACGACGCCCAAGACAACUUCUGCGUAAUCGACAACAAUGAUCCCGACGCCGAAUAUGUGGACUUGCUGUUGAACCCGGAGCGGUACACGGGAUACCAGGGACCUUCGGCCCGUCGCGUAUGGCGCAGCAUUUACUUGGAGAACUGUUUUCGGCCAGAGAGGAGCCACAGCUUUACGUCAUAUAUACAAAGCGAUAAGCUGAGCGACAUGUGCUUGGAAGAGAGGGCAUUUUACCGUGUCGUUUCUGGUUUACACGCCAGCAUCAACAUACACCUCUGCGCCAACUAUUUACUGUCCCACUCGUCCGGGUUGUCCCUGGUAGAUCCGAACGGCGAAUGGGGUCCCAAUUUGGAAGAGUUUAAGAUGAGGUUUUCUCCAGAAACGACCAACGGCGAAGGACCGUUCUGGUUGAGGAACCUCUACUUCAUCUACCUCGUGGAGCUCAGGGCUUUGGCGAAGGCGGCGCCGUAUUUGGAACGCGAGACGUUUUAUACGGGCGACGAGUCCGAAGAUUGGGACACCAGGAUGGCGAUCAAAGACCUGCUGUCUGUAAUCACCAAGUUCCCGCACCAUUUUGACGAGACGACCAUGUUCAAGGGCUCGCGGGAGGCGGAGAAAUUAAAGUACGAGUUUACGCGCCAUUUUCGUAACGUCACCAGGAUCAUGGACUGCGUCGGGUGCGACAAGUGCCGCCUGUGGGGUAAACUGCAGACCCAAGGUUUGGGUACCGCGCUGAAGAUUUUGUUUAGCGGCAAGUUCGACUACGAGAACGGCGUGUUGUUGAACAAGAAGGAGAUGCAGCUGCAGAGGAACGAGAUAGUGUCGCUGUUCAAUGCCAUCGGAAGACUGUCAACCAGUAUUUACAAGCUGGACGAUUUUCGCCAGAUGAUGAGGUAACCACCCGAGCGCUCAAGAGGCAUCUCUUAUUUGCAAAAAAGAUUAAGGAUGAAUUUCAACCUGCUUUAAAUACCUCUUCUUAGGUGUGUGUAAGUACUUAAUAAAAAUAAAUGCGUUUUUUUCUCUGUCAAUUUUCGGAAUAAUUCAUCCCUUUCACUAUUAAUUUGGUUUCCUAACAGGCUUUUACUUAAUCUUUUAACGCAUACGUCCGAGCUUUAAGUGGAGGUUAAAUGAAAAGUCUGGUUUCCUCCUUUGUUUUGUUUUUCUUUUUUUAAAAUUAUGAAUGUGUGGUUAGGAAUUGGCCAAAAACCGCAAAUUUCUCUCUAAUUUCCUCUCUACGAUUUCCUCUGGUGGGGUUAGACAAGAGUAGACGUCGGAAUGUAAUUAUCAAGAUAAAUCGGUUAAGAAAAAAAAUGUAAAAGUUGACAACCCAUCACGUGUUAUAUAUUGAUCGGAUAAACUUUUAAUUCCCUUCUUUAUUGUUGCUGCUUUUGUACUAUUUUUAGGCUGUACCAGAGAUAACAAACUUGAUAUACAGGAUUAAUUUUAUUAUUAUAUAAUUUUAUAUCGAUUAUUAUAGAGUUUAUAGCUGAAUUUAUUUUUCCUCUGUAUUUGUAGAAAAGCGUAUAUUUUAAUAAAAUAUUUACAGUUGAAAGUUGAUUUUUU